AUGGCGUUGAACCACGCUUCCCACAAUCCGACGGGCGAGAAGACCAGUCCUGCAACUGGACAAUCUGCUCCGGGAAAGGAUGGCGGUGAUGGCGAUGGCGGAAAGAAGGAGAAGUCGGAGCGAGAGCUGGCCAAGGAGCCAUACAUCCCUUCCGUUGUGGAGAGUGCCUGGUACGACUGGUGGGAGAAGGAGAAGUUUCACGAGCCGGAGUUCGAUGCAAACGGAGAGGUCAAGUCGGCUGGACACUUUGUGAUCGCCAUCCCACCACCGAACGUAACUGGUGCUCUUCAUAUCGGCCACGCAUUGGCGACAGCACUGCAAGACGCCAUGUGUCGUUACAACCGAAUGAAGGGUCUGACUGUGCUGUACGUUCCUGGAUGUGAUCACGCUGGUAUCUCCACCCAGAGUGUGGUCGAGAACAUGCUCUACAAUCGCCGCAAUGGCUUGACGAGACAUGACCUGGGUCGUGAGAAGUUUGUUGAGACUGUCUGGGAGUGGAAGGAAGAGUACCACAGCAAGAUCAACAAGGUCAUGAGGCGGCUGGGAGGAUCGAUGGACUGGACCAGAGAAGCUUUCACCAUGGAUCCCAAUCUCUCCAGUGCUGUACGGAAGUCAUUCGUGCAAUUGCACGAUGAGGGUCUGAUCUACCGUGCCAACCGCUUGGUCAACUGGUGUUGCAAGCUCACCACCGCACUGUCAAAUCUUGAGGUCGACCAGAAGGAAUUGGAGGGCUCGACAAAGAUUGACGUUCCAGGAUACGACAAGAAGAUUGAGUUUGGCUCCAUCUGGAAUUUCAAGUACCCGAUUGAUGGCACGAAUGAGACGAUCGAGGUUGCCACCACUCGUCCUGAGACCAUGCUUGGCGACAGUGGUGUUGCUGUCCACCCCGAGGACGAUCGAUACAAGCAUCUUCUUGGUAAAUUUGUCAAGCACCCGUUCGUUGACAGACUGCUUCCCAUCUUCGGCGACAGCACUGUCGAGAGGGACUUUGGUACUGGCGCUGUCAAGAUCACUCCUGCCCACGACUUCAACGAUUUCAAGCGUGGCAAGGAGCACAAGCUGGAGUUUAUCAAUAUCCUCAACGACGACGGUACCAUGAAUGAGAACGCCGGGCCAUUUCAGGGACAGAAGCGGUUCGACGUGCGAUACACUGUCGUGGAGGAGCUGACCAAGCUCGGCUUGUACGUCGGCAAGUCGAACAACAAGAUGACGAUUCCGAUGUGCAGCAAGUCGAAGGAUGUCAUUGAACCAAUUCUCAAACCACAAUGGUGGAUGCACAUGAAGCCCUUGGCCGAGCCCGCCAUCGAGGCUGUCAAGAGUGGAAAGAUCAAGCUGAAGCCAUCAUCCUCCGAGAACACCUACUACCGCUGGAUGGAGAACAUCGACGACUGGUGCCUGUCUCGUCAGCUUUGGUGGGGUCAUCAGGUACCGGCGUGGUUCGUCAAAGUCGAAGACGGUCCGGCUUACGAUACAGAUGCGAGCUACUGGAUCACUGCGGAGACCGAAGAGCUGGCUCGUGAGAGAGCUGAGAAGAAAUACCCCGGCAGGAAGUUUGAGCUCGAGCGCGAUCCUGAUUGUCUCGAUACGUGGUACUCCUCCGGACUGUGGCCAUUCUCCACCCUCGGGUGGCCAAACAACACUCACGAUUUUGAGAAGCUCUACCCAACUUCAGUGCUUGAGACUGGUUGGGACAUUUUGUUCUUCUGGGUAGCGAGGAUGAUCAUGUUUGGCAUUAAACUCACCGGCAAGGUCCCAUUCACAGAGGUGUACUGCCACUCUCUGAUUCGAGAUUCUGAAGGACGAAAGAUGUCCAAGUCGCUGGGCAAUGUGAUCGAUCCCGUCGACAUCAUGGACGGCAUCACCUUGAAGGAACUCAACGACAAGCUCAACGUCGGUAAUUUGGCUCCAAAGGAGAUCGAGCGCGCGACCAAGUGGCAGAAGUCAGCCUUUCCCGACGGCAUUGACGAGUGCGGUGCUGAUGCUUUGCGAUUCUCUCUGGCCAACUACACGACGGGUGGUGGCGACAUCAACUUCGACGUCAAGGUCAUGCGCAGCUACCGCAACUUCUGUAACAAAAUCUACCAAGCAACGAAGUAUGUCCUCGGUAACCUGCCCGCAGACUUCACACCUCAGAAAGUCGGCGGCAAGACCGGCAAGGAGAGCCUGCCCGAGCGCUGGAUCCUGCACAAGCUUACUAUCGCCGCGCGCGAGGCCAACGAUGCGAUGAACAAGCGCGAGUUCUCCCGCUGUACACAAGCAAUCUACAACUACUGGCUAUACGAGUUGUGCGACGUCUACAUCGAGAACAGCAAGUCCAUCAUCCGCGACGGCAGCGCUGAAGAGAAGCAAUCCGCCAUCGACACACUCUACACCGCCCUCGAAGGUGCCCUGACCAUGAUCCACCCCUUCAUGCCCUUCCUCACGGAGGAGCUCUGGCAACGUCUUCCACGCCGUCCAGAAGACAAGACACGCAGUAUUGUCCGCGCCGCUUACCCUCAAUACGAGGCCACCCUCGACGACGCUAAAUCUGAGCGCGACUACGAACUCCUCCUCGGCUGCUCGAAAGCCAUCCGCUCGCUGCUGAACGAGUACGCCAUCAAGGAAGACGGUCAAGCUUUCGUCCAGCCUCUCAACGAUGAGUCCUUCCAAACGGCUUCGAAGGAGGUCCUCGCGAUCAAGACUCUAGCAGGCAAGAACGUCAAAGACCUCAGCGUGCUCAAGUCAGGCGAGGCCGUGCCAAAGGGUACAGCCGUGUACCCUGUGUCGUCUGCGGCGGCGGUGUACUUGCAGCUGAAGGGUGAUGUCGACCCGGAUAAGGAGAUCGGCAAGACCAAGCCGAAAUUGGCGAAGACUGCGGAUGCCGUGAGCGAGCAGGAGAAGCUGAUCGGCACGCUGAGAGAGGAUGUUGGCGAGGAGGUGCGGAGGAAGGAAGAUCAGCGGUUGAAGGAUUUGCUAAGCGAGCAGAAGCUGUACGAGGAGAGCUUGGCGCGGUUCGAGGAGAUGAAGUUGUGA